UUUGAUAUUUUCUUUUAAAUUUAAUUUUUUGAUGUUUGAUAUGAAAAUUUUCUAGUAAAAAUAUUUGUUUUUAAGACGUUGUAGUGUAUUAUUUUUGAUAAGUAAGUGUCUUGCUUAAAGGAGUAACGUCAUAUGUUGACUUUGGUAGUACAACAAUUAAAAUCAGAGCAAUAGACGAGCAAAAUAACCAAAAACAAACGUUUUCUCCUAUACUGCAAGGUUAACGGAUAGUUGUCAGUUCCGCUAACAGAGCGCAGUGCAAUGCUCGCUCGGUGCGUUGCUCGCCGGCUGUGUAGGGCACGCGCUGGCACAGCGAUGCCAAGUCGUCGAUAUUUAGUAGUUUGAAAUCUCUGUAGUGGUGACACAGUGCGCGCAAUUUUUACUAUUAUUUACAAUGGGCAAGAGGAAAAGGUCUUACCGCAAUCUUAAGCGAAAUAAAAGAGCUUUGUCGGUUUCUGCCUACUGGAGAAGACAGAAUACUUCUAACAAUUCUGCAACAGUAUCAACAGCAGAAAGCAACCCAAGUGCACAAGAAACUGAACCGCAUGAAAUUUCAUCACAGAAUGAAAAUGAACAGACAGAAUUGGAUGAUAGUAUGCCACCACUUUUAAUUGAAGUUGAUCAAGGAGGUUCUUCUUGGGAUAAUCUGAAAGGAAACCGGCUCUUCAAUCCUGCAUACGUAAUUCCCAAAAUUCUUAGCCUUCAGAGCAGCCACAAGAAGCAGUGCACUUUGGGUACAAUCCAAUUCAAAAAAGAAAUCAGAAAUGGCUUACAUUGUAAGUGGUUCAUGGAAUGUGAUGGCUGCAAUCGACAAUAUGAGAUACAGAAUGAAGAAUGUGAUAGCAGUGUAAUGAAUAGUACGGGGGCAUGGGCUGCUGUGUCAUCUGGCAUCGGAUUCACACAAUUAGAAAACAUUCUGAGCAUUUUAAAUGUUCCUUCAAUGUCAAAGAACACUUACAUAAAGAAAGAAGUAGAACUAGAUAAGGUUUGGAGCGAGAACUUGGACCGAACCAUAUCAGAUGCAGGGAAAGAAGAAAGAGCUCUGGCUAUUCAAGAAGGAGAUGUAGACGAAGAUGGCAUUCCAUUUACUACAGUCAUUGUGGACGGUGGAUGGGCCAAGCGUUCUUACGGGCAUAAAUACAACUCUCUUUCAGGAGUGGUAAGUUACUUACGGGUCUAACAAUAUCAAUUUCAAUAAUGUCGCAGUUGUUAAGAAGUAAAGGGCUGAGGUACUGUUACGAAAUACAUAUUUCUUUGGCUAAGUUAGGCCCCGCUAGUUUGGAUUUUUCCUAUAUUUUAAUUAUAUUUAAUGAAAUAUAUAUGAAUUUCAAGGCAUAAAUAAUAUCUCCCAGACCUAUAACUUGUAAUAACAUAUAUUUAAAAAAAGGUCUUAUUAUGUAAGCACUGAAAGGAAAUAAUUAUUAUUUCACUCAUUAUUACAACGAACAUGAUAAUCACAUCAGUUCAAAAGUGUUGACUUCAACAAGUGGGCAAAGCUAAGUCCUAUGUUAUGUUGACUCGAAACAUUUAUCACGGAAGAUUUGUUACAAGCAGUAUCAAAAUAUUUGAAAUUGCAAGAUGCGAGGUUGUCAGACCAUAUACGUCUCAUAUGAAUUCGAUCUCCUAAUUUUCCUGUAUGGUUAAUCCACAUUUUCUGCAAGUGAGAUAUUUGGAUGACGUUUCCAUACGUAUAUGGAUAUACUCCUAUGUAUGCCACCUAUGUAUUUUGAUUUAGUCGAUUCAUUAACAAUGUGUCUGCCAUUUGGUUGGUGAUUCUCGGAUCUUAGGUUCAGUCCAAUGCUAUUUUAUUAAUGUCUGUACUAAGAAAUGUUCAUGAUAUUAAACCAUCUAAAAAUGUUUACUACAUACGGAAAUUAUUGUGCAAAACUGGAAUAUAAAUAAUCCCAUUCCUCUAAUGCAAGAAUGUAAAUGUUAGGAUGUUUGAAUGUUUUUUUUUACUCACGAAUUUCUUCACUAUUGUAAUAAAAUUCGUAAUAGAUGUAACUCUUACAUUAGAAAAAAACAUUAAGUUCUUUUCAACCUGAAUAAAUUGAGUUCUUUAAUACAUAGGCAUUAAAAUAUAUACUACUAGUAUUACAUAAAAAAAUUUACUUUAAAUAGAUUUGACUUCAACAUAAAUAAACUAAUUCUUAACUUCUCUUUCCAGGCAGUGAUCAUAGGCCAAAGAACAGGAAAACUUUUGUUCUUGGGCGUAAAAAAUAAGUAUUGUACCAUCUGUCGUCUUCAUUCGGGAGCAGAUAAAGAACCGAAAAAACAUUUCUGCUACAAAAACUGGAGCCAACAAAAGCCAUCCACAGCGAUGGAGCAAAGUGUUAUUGUAGAAGGUUUUUGUAACAGUAUACAAAUGCAUGGUUUAAAGUACAAAUACUUCGUGGGUGAUGGAGAUUCUAGUGUUUAUGCAAGAAUCAUUCAAAAUGUCCCUUAUGGACGUUUUGUGCACAAACUUGAAUGUGCUAACCAUUGCAUACGCAACUAUACCAGUCACCUGCAUACCUUGGCAAGUGAUAAGAGUUUUGACCCAGAGGCUCGACGGAUGCUCAAAUCAGUCAUUCCAAGGCUAACUUCUGCAGCACGAGGUGCCAUAAGGCACUGUGGGAAAGUGGGUGAGAAAGCUGAAGACCUAAUUAAGGACUUGCGAAAUGGUCCAAAUCAUGUAUUUGGAGACCAUUCUGAGUGCCGACCUUACUUUUGCGAAGGCAAUGAAUCUGAUGGUAAAAGGGUAAAUAUUUUACUCGGAUCUGUAUUGUUUGACCAUAUUCAAGGUCUUUUAGGAAGCCUGGUAGCAAAAGCGCCAAGACUUGUGGAAAAUAAAACAAGCAAUGCAGCUGAAUUUUACAUGAGUCUUGUUGCAAAGUUCAAUGCUGGAAAACGUCUCAACUUUACUCAAAGAGGAUCUUUUCAAAGACGAUGCCACGCCGCGGCUUUAAGAUUUCAGAAAGGCCACGCUUGGGAAAUAAGCCCUUUCAGGAAACUGGCAGGAAGAAGCCCUGGACUGAGUCAUUAUAAGGUUAUCCGAAAGAGACAGCAGACAUUAACACGCCGUAAAUUGCAGUUCCAUGACGACUUCCCUAAAAAGAAAAGAAGCAAAACUGAUACAACUCAUCCAGCAGACAUCGUCUAUGGACCAAGCUCUGAACAAGUAGAAGAUGAUCCGUGUGACGAGAUUUCAGAUGCACAGCUAGCAGAAAAGUGUGAGAACUUUGUUGAAUCUCUGAAUGUGACCUCUGAGCAGCAAGAAGAAAUUGCCAUUCAAACUAAAGAUCAGGCGAAUUGUAUAAUCUGGCAUGAACUUAGGCGAGUACGCUUAACAGCUAGUAAUUUUGGAACAGUGUGCCGAAGAAAAGAAUCAACUCCAUGUGCGAACUUGGUGAAAAAUCUUUUGUACAAACCCUCUGUGAAUACCAAAGCUACAGAAUACGGUCGCCGCAAUGAACAUGUUGCUAUUAAAAGGUUCGAAGCACUAACAGGCUUGAAUGUAGAGAAGAGGGGACUGUACAUAGAUGUAGAAAAUGGGUUUUUAGGAGCUAGUCCAGAUGGAAUUGUGGUCACAGAAAAUGCUACAAUUGAAGUAAAAUGUGUUCCAUCAGGCAUAUCUACUGGGCUUCAAGAGCUGGCCAGAAGUAAGAAAGGAUUCUUUCUCCAAGAAAUUGCCAGCAAGAAGUUACAGCUUAAAACCACACAUCAUCACUUCUAUCAGAUCCAGGGAACUUUAAAUAUAACAAAAAAAGAUUUUUGUUAUUUAAUUGUCAUGACUGACACAAAACAAGAUUUGUUUGUUGAAAAAGUUCAACGAAAUGAAGAUUUCUGGAGAAAUGAAAUGCUGCCCAAACUCACGCGAUUCUAUAAAAAGUGUUUACUACCCGAAAUUGUUGAUUCACGAGUUAUUAGAGGAAAACAAGUGAGAGAGCCAGAGUAUAUAUCAAAGGCAAAAGAAGAAAUAAAUGCAAAAAAGUCCAAAAAAUCUUAGUUUCUUUUGUAAAGUUGUGAUGUUUUUUCGCCUUCAAAUAAGCAUAAAUUUUACCUGCACUUACAUUUAAAGUAAUCCACGUAUGUUAAACAGCAUCAGUGCCAUUGUUACUGGUAUUAUUUACAAAAAACUUCAAUACGAAUCCUUCAAAACAUAUGAACAUAUACACUUUUAUUCUGUUCAUCGUGUACUUAA